UUGGUUUGACUGCAUUAAUAUCUACUCUGCCUUUUCAAAAUGCAACUGUUUUGUUCAUAUUUCUUUCUCUUCACUUUUUUGCCCUUUUGCUUAGGUUUUAGGGUCCACAGCCAAAACCCCCGUCUUCAAUAUAACAAACGAGACAUCACUGGCAAUUACGUCAUCGACCAACAAGAGAACAGCCCUUUUGGCUGUAGCGAGAGUCAGAUCAUUGCUUUGGAAAGAGCUAUAACCGAGGCUCGAUAUUUAGCCGGGAAAGCUUCAGCUGUACUUGGCAAGCCUGGUUCUGAGUUCUCUCAGGCAUACCGUCUGUGGUUUGGCAUGUAUAUGCUAAAAUCCAAUAAAGAGGAUAAUUCGAAGCCUGCAACUAGAGAUGCGAUACGAAAAAAUAACUUCGAUGCAGUUCGGCAGAUGAAAUGGCCGGGCCCAACCAACCGAGUCCCUCAAUGGUAUAACGACAAUCUCAGUCCAACGGGGCUUACAUUUACGUGCGCUGCUGAGAAUGAUGAAUCUUGUUCCAGUGGUACAAUUGCUAUGGUUUAUGAGGAUGGACAUCAGCACCAAGGUCACAAAUGGGCCGGUAAUGUAAUCCUUCUGUGCAGAGGGUUUUUUUUGAAGAAGUCUCACAAAACUAUGAUUAAAACGUGGCGGAAGUCCAAGGACGAAGCCAGUCUCUCUGCGGGUUUUGCCCUGUUACACGAAGUGCAACACAUUUCUGCUAUUGUUGGGAAGGAAAGACGAUGCAUCGACGCCAAAAAUCUAGCUCCAGCUCCAAACGAUGUUAGUAAGCUUUGCUACCACUAUCACUGGAGUAAUAGCUGCGCAAACAUUCCGGAUGCGAUGAAGAUAAGCAAUGCCCAAAACAUGGCCUUUUUUGCAUUAGAAGUUACGGCAAACCCUACAACAGGCGAACCCUCGAAAGAGCAGCGCCAGCCUUAA